UGGCGCGGUGGUAGCAGUUGUGGCGGCCAUUUUGGAGUCUCUUCGACCACUCCACCCAAGUACUGAGCAAGCCACACACUGCUGCCGCGUAUGACUUGUCCGCCUCCCAUUGAUUCCUCGCUAUUUCUCUUUUCGCUGUCCGCACCACUUUUUUUCCGUCCCAGUUACCCGAGGACAACGGACACGCACGUGUUCUCCUAGCCGUCAAACGAGCGAAAGAACCGUCGAAGAAAGAAAAAAAAAAAAAAAGAAGAGCGAGCCGUUAUGGCGUCUGCUACCCCAAGCCGUGAAGCUGGCCGGCCGGCGGCGGCCUCAUCGACGCCACUCUCACCCACCCGCAUCUCUCGCCUGCAGGAGAAGCAAGACCUGCAGCACCUCAACGACCGGCUGGCCGUCUACAUCGAGCGGGUACGCUCCCUGGAGCUGGAGAACGACCGGCUGCUGGUGAAAGUGUCCGAGAAAGAGGAGGUCACCACCAGGGAGGUGAGCGGCCUGAAGCAUCUGUAUGAGGCUGAGUUGGCAGACGCUCGUCGGGUUCUGGACGAAACCGCAAGGGAGCGUGCCCGGCUACAGAUCGAUCUGGGCAAAGCUCAGGCGGACUUGGAAGAGGCCACACGCAGUGGCAAGAAGAAGGAUGGCGACCUUGCGGCGGCCAUGUCGCGGGCAGGGGCGCUGGAAAGUCAGCUGAACCAGAGUGAGGCUGCGCUGUCCACGGCGCUCAGCCAGAACGCUGCGCUCUCCGCCGACCUGCUUGAAGUCAAGGGUCUGCUGGCUAAGGCAGAGGACAGCCACGCCAUCGCCAAGCGGCAGCUGGAGGCAGAAACCUUGAAGCGUGUGGACUUGGAAAACCGCUGCCAGUCUCUCAGCGAGGAGCUGGAGUUCAGGAAGAACAUGUUUGAGGAGGAAGUUCGCGAGUCUCGCCGCAGUCAAGAGCAGAGAAUUGUUGAGGUGGACUCGGGAGCCAGGCAAGACUAUGAGUUCAAACUUGCACAAGCUUUACAGGACUUGCGCAAGCAGCACGAUGAGCAAGUGUCUCUUUACAAGGGCGAACUGGAGCAGACCUUCCAGGCCAAGCUGGACAACGCCAAGGUGUCGUCUGCAAUGAACGACAAGGCCAUGUGCACGGCCCGAGAGGAGGUGCAGGAGUCUCGAAUGAGAAUUGAAAGUCUGGGCUAUCAGCUGAGCGCCCUGCAGAAACAAGCAGCCGCCGCCGAGGAUCGCGUCCGGGAGCUGGAGGACAUCUUGGCAUCGGAGCGGGACAAGCACCGGCGCGUCAUGGAGGUCAAGGACCACGAGAUGAACGACCUGCGCGAGCGCAUGAACGCGCAGCUCUCUGAGUACCAGGAGCUGCUGGACGUCAAGCUCACGCUGGACAUGGAGAUCAACGCCUACAGGAAGCUCCUGGAGGGCGAGGAGCACAGGCUCAAGCUGUCUCCCAGCCCAUCUUCCCGCGUGACCAUCUCCAGGGUGACAGGCUCAUCCUCGACCCGCACCUCCAAACGAAGGAGGCCAGACCUGGAGUCGGGCGACUUGGGGCGUGGCGAGGAGCUGCUGCUGGCGUCUGAGGAGGAUGCGGCGAGCGGCGGCGUCUCCAUCUCGCCCACCGACAUGGACGGCAACUCGGUCACGCUGGCCAACGACACGGAGCAGGACCAGCCGUUGGGGAACUGGAGACUGAAGAGACAAGUGGACGACGCUGACGAGAUCGUCUACAAGUUCUCACCAAAGUUUGUUCUCAAGGCCGGACAGACUGUCACGGUGUGGUCUGCAGAUGCUGGCGUGGCCCACAGUCCGCCCACUGAUCUCCUGUGGAAAAGCCAAGCUUCCUGGGGCACAGGAAGUGACAUUACCACCACCUUGGUGAACUCUGACGGCGAGGAAGUAGCCAGACGCAGUGUCAGCAAGAAGGUGCAGGUGGAGAAUGGAGAAGAAGAGGAGGAGGACGACGAGGAGCCAAUUGUGCACAAGAAGGCCAAAAUAGCGUCCAGGGAGUGCGCCGUCAUGUGAAGCCUCGGCGGCGAGCGUCGGAGCUUCCUUGUGCUGUCCGUCGCAUCCAAGCAAAUUCCUGCUUGUUUGUUGGGCUGCCGCGUUUUGAUUGUAGCCCUCCUAUGUUUGCCCUUGUGUUUGAUUUGUUGUUGGCCGCCGCCGGACUCUCCUCGUAGAUCUCUUUAUUUUUUUUUAUUUUUUUUGCCACCUUGAUGAAGGGCUUCCGUUGUGCCGUCAACAUACCAUCACAAGUGGUGUUUUUUAACAUUUUUUUUCCUCUUUUAUUUUGUUCAUGUAUCUCGCCAUUUGAUUUUAGUGUGCGCCCAACUGAGCGGCCGCACGCAGUUUGAUCAUCAGCUUGCUUCUGUCAAUUUUGCUUCUGUCAAUUUUUUUUAGAGCUACUCGAGACUGACUGAUCAUUGAUUGUUCCUUUGAGCAGCUCCAAUGUAUACAACACUACAAAGACAAAAAAAAAAAUCGUUGCAUCCAUAGGGGUGGAUAAUUCCUCAAAGUUUUUCAGUAAAUUUACACGGAGGAUUUUAGAACAAUUUCAAAUUGGAAACUUUCCAGUUUAAGUGGGAAUUGCAGGUGAUUUAAUGGAAAGCUACACAGUCAAAAAUCUAAAGCAGGGCUGCGAUUCACGAAUUAAUUAAUCAUAGGUGAUUUACUUUAGUGAAUAUUCUGCACUUUUAGUUUGCAAACAAUGCCCGUUUUGAAUAAAUGGAUAAAUAAUAAUAAAUGUAUAUAAAAUAAAUGUUUAAAUCUGAUUAGAAUAAUUGGCAAAUGAAUCCUUUAACAUUACCAUUAGUUGCCGUUCUACAACAUUUUAGUUUUGUUAAAAGCAGAACUGCAAAUAAAUGUCCCUCCUUACCCACGUGAGCCCAUUAAAAGGACCUUAGCGAAUACAAAGUUUGGAGGUUAUCUUUUUAUUCCAAUAAAUUCCCACUGGAAGUUUCUAAUGUUAAAUUCCUGUAAUUUUGUGAGCCAUUUUGUCAGUUUCUGACUUAAUUGCCGCUAUUUGUAGAAGCUGAACGAGUUUAUCGAAUGGAGGUUCCGUUUCUCGGUUCUCUUGAUAUUGUGACCCUUUAUUGGAAAGCGUAGCGUGUGAGGAUGCAAUGUGCAAGACGGCUGGUCUUCUGAUGUCGGCCGUUCAAAUGAUUAUGAAGACGACGACAAAGAAUACUCCAAAUAUUUAAACUGAUCUUUUUUUAUUUUUCAGGGGGGAAAAAAAAAGUUCAGUUCAUGAGAUGUGUGUGUCUUUGAACGCACCUUGAGUGACCUGUGUUUUGUGUGUGUUUUCAUGCCAUGUUACACUAUAUAUUGUUUAGUAUUUUUGGCAGUGUAAUCAGUUUGUUUACAUUCAGUAUGACUUUAAUUUUGUCUUAAGGAUCUCCAGGUGAUUAAGUUUGGGUGUUAAUGACCUGACGCUUGAUUCUUCUACAUUGAGCUCUUUCCUCCUGGAUUUGCCAAGAGUCUUGUAGCAAGUGCUAAUAUUUGGACGUUUCAAGAAGGGGGGGGAAAAGGCUUAUUGGUGUGCACAAGCGCCCACUUGUCUUUUAGCAAUAGAUGUGACGUUAGAGAAUGUGAUAAAAUGUUGAACAUAAGCACCCAACUUAUAGUCAGUGCCUGAGAGACCUGUUUUGUUGUGUGUCUUGGGGUGGGGGGGGCUGUCAUUUUAACUGAACUUUUGUACCCACAAUAAAUGUUUUACAUUUACUCAA